UCCCUAAAAACCGGUCGACAGCAUUAAUAUUUUUCCAGAAUCAUAAAAAAAAAACGCUGAAAUCCCCAAAAACCGCUCUAAAAAUUGACUAUAAAUCCAAUUCCCAGUUUUUCCACGAGUUUUUCCAAAAGCCAAUGAAAAUAAAAAAACGGCGCCAUCCCAUCCGAUUUUCACUUGUUGAAAUCAAAAUAAAAGACAAACGUCAAUUAACAUAAAAAUCAUGUACGACGACUGUCUCCUGCUAUCAACGAGAUUUCCACAAAAAUUGUGGCGAAUCGUAAACGAUUGCACAAGUGGUGCAAUAAGCUGGAGUAAUAACGGCGGAAGUAUUCUCCUCGAUUACAAAAAAUUUCACAACGAGUACCUCGACCCGAAUAAUUCAAUAUUCAAAACAAGCAACGUAACAAGUUUCAUACGCCAGCUAAAUCUCUAUGGAUUUCGCAAGGUGACAUCGCACAGUCGUGAUCCCCAGUGUAAUUCACGUAAUCCAGAUGUCCACGAAUUUAUCCAUGAGAAUUUCCAGAGAGAACAUGACGAGCUGUUGAAAAAAGUUUGUCGUAAAGCAUCAAGAAAAUGUAGAAAAGACGUAAAGAGAAAAAAUGGUGAGCAGUCAACAUCGAGACUGAAAAUGUGUCAGUUUGCACUGACGAAGGCACUGGAGCAAGCUGUUGAGGAUUAUCGAAGGAGAAAAUUGCAUCAGGAGGUGAUUAAUGUUAACGUUAAGCCAUUCUGUCCCUCGUCUUCUCAUCUUCAGGGGUAUAAUUACUUCCAUUAAGCAAGUGCAGAACGAAAAAUGAUAAUUCGAGCUAGAACUGAAUUUUCUGCAACUCGACAGAAAGUCUCAAUUAAAAAUCAAUUUUAUACAAUAAAAUUUCAUUUCUCUUUUUCCAUCGAGUUAUCAAGAAAAUAUAAACACAGAAAAUAAUGAUUUAUCAAUUAUUUAAAUAAACAAAACCGAGAAAUUUGAGUGAAAAUAAUUCAAUC